AUGUCGGCACCACAGAGGCUGGCAGGCGAGCCCACAGCAGAGUCGGUACUCGCCGCUCUCGACGCAGCUCCCGGUGGUAAGAUCGGCGACACGCGAUCCAUCGCACCCGAAGUCCCUACAACGUCGGCAGACUCGGCAGCCGACCCUGCCAAACGAUCCGAAGCCAACGAGGCCGUCUUCAAAGAGCGCGCACGAUGGCAGCUCGCCCUCUCCGAUGUGCUCAAGUCCUUGCUCAGCAAGGAGAUGGUCGCAAUGGAGAAGCUCGAAGAGACCACCUCGACACCGCUUCCCGAUGGAUUCGCACUGCUGCAAAAAGGCUCGCCAGAGAUCCGACUCGUCAAAGCGCUCCCCGACCAGGAAGGUGUCGGCAAAUCCAUGAACGAGCUCAAGGAGCUACUUGGAGCUGACACGCUCAAGAACGGCCAGAGUAACGCCUUCCGCAACAAGUGGGCAAAGAAGCUUCCUGACGGCACCUUUGGUAGAACCGAAGCGACGCUCGGCAAAUCCGACGCGGAGCUUCGCGACGAGAUCCAAGAGCAGAUCGCCGAAGUGCUUGAAACCGGCACACUCGCCGCCAGCGAUGCCGCCGCCGCCGACAAGAAGCUCGCCGAGCUCCGAAAGCGCAAAUUGGUGGCCACACGCAAGCUCGUCUACUUUUCCGUCGUCAAAGGACCUCAGUUCUCGCUCACCGUGCAAAAGCUCGAAACGGACCUGACCUUCGAUAUGCUUCAGUCCGGAUCGUGGAAGGAGGCGCCCUUCAAGAAAUACAACUUCAAUGCAGAAGGCGCUGUUCCUGCAUCAGGUGCUUUGCAUCCCUUGUUGAAGGUGAGGGAAGAGUUCCGAAACAUCUUCUUCGAAAUGGGUUUCACGGAGAUGGCUACGGAUCGAUUCGUAGAAUCAUCCUUCUGGUGUUUCGACUCGCUGUUCGUCCCGCAGCAACACCCGGCGAGAGAUGUUCAGGACACCUUCUUCAUCAAGGACCCACCGUAUGCAAAGCACAUUCCGGAAGACUACCUCAAGAGGGUCACGCAAGUUCACCAGGAAGGAGGAUUCGGAUCGGUCGGUUACCGCUACCCUUUCGACCGCCAAGUGACCGAGAAGCUGGUGCUUCGUACCCACACCACGGCGGUUUCCUCGGCGAUGCUGUACAAACUCGCCAACCAACCGGGCGGCUUCAAGCCCGCCAAACUCUUCUCCAUCGACCGCGUCUUCCGCAACGAAGCCGUCGACGCAACCCACCUCGCCGAAUUCCACCAGGUCGAAGGCGUCGUCGCCGACUACAACAUCACCCUCGGCGACCUGAUCGGCUUCAUGGAGGUCUUCUUCAAAAAGAUGGGCGUCACAAACCUUCGCUUCAAACCCGCCUACAAUCCGUACACCGAACCUUCGCUCGAAAUCUUCUCGUACCACCAGGGCUUGAAGAGAUGGGUAGAGGUCGGAAACUCGGGUAUGUUCAGACCCGAGAUGUUGAGACCGAUGGGUCUGCCGGAGGGAGUGAACGUGUUGGGUUGGGGUUUGAGUUUGGAGAGACCUACGAUGAUCAGGUAUGCGGUCAAGGAUAUCAGGGAACUGGUGGGUCACAAGGUUCCGAUUGAUAGUGUGGAGAAUGCUCCUGCUACCAGGUUUUAG